CGAAUCCUCAGUGUGACUCGAACUAUCAGAGGGGGAGGGUAUAUGCCGCCUGAGCUCCGUGUAGGCGUGGUUGUCCUGAACGCAAAUGUCAGUGUAUUAGUGGGCGUGCGGGUGUGCGGGCGUGCCAGUGGAGUGACCUCGUGACCUUGUGACCUCGGCAAGUGGGAGAGGCGCCCUUACCCUCCCCCCCUCUGGUUAAACUGUGAAGAGUGAAUUUGGCGGGUUUUAAAUUUCACUCCCUUUAAAUUAUUUUUUUUUCGUGGCGUUUUAAAUUCGCUGUUUUUGUUUAUUUGUUUGUUGUUUUUAUAUUAUUGUGGUGGAAAAAAAAUUGGAGACAUUGUGGUGAGAAAGUGGAGUUUAGUGGAAGAAAAGUGGAAAAAUGUGGAUGAAAUAGUGGAUCUGAGAAAUUUGGUGGAUAUUUAAACGCCAAAUUAACACACACACACACACACACACACACACACACACACACAUAUGUAGAUCUAACUGUGUGCGUACAUAUGUGUGUGUGUGUACGUGAGUCCUUACACAUACACGACGAACGCACAGUGAAAAUUGCGUGCGUUCGUGUGUGUGUGCGUGUGUGUACGUAAUAGUGUGCGUGCGUGCGUGCGUGCGUGAAGGCUGUAGUGCCACAGAGGACCACCUUCUGCUGCCACCAUCUCUUUACCACCACCACCACCACCGCUACAACCACCAGCACAAUGACCACGCUAAAUUCGCUCUUCUCCUUCACGUCCCCUGCUGUGAAGAAGCUUUUGGGGUGGAAACAAGGCGACGAGGAGGAGAAAUGGGCCGAGAAAGCGGUCGAUUCCCUUGUAAAGAAGCUGAAGAAGAAGAAAGGCGCUAUUGAGGAGCUGGAGAGAGCCCUGAAGUGCCCGGGACAGGAGACCAAGUGCGUUACUAUACCACGGAGUCUGGAUGGAAGGCUGCAGGUGUCACAUCGCAAGGGGCUGCCACACGUGAUAUACUGUCGUGUGUGGCGGUGGCCUGACCUACAGAGCCACCAUGAACUGAAGCCAUUAGAACACUGCAAGUUUCCAUUCUCCGCCAAACAAAAGGAAGUUUGCAUCAACCCCUACCAUUACAAGAGAGUGGAGAGCCCAGUGCUGCCUCCCGUCCUGGUCCCAAGGCACUCGGAGUUUGCCCCUGGCCACUCGUUGCUUACCUUCCAGCAGCAGCAACUUCAAGAACCUAUGCCUGGGAACGUGUCCUUCUCGCAAGAUGGUUUUGUACACUCCACUCUGUCAGCCCCCUCUCACUCUCAGAUGGGGGGUGGGGGCAGUGUUGGAGCUCUCAAUCAGCCCCCUAGUCCUGUUGGAAGUGUCGUUAGCCCUACAAGUCAUAGUCCCCACAGCCCCUAUGGAAGUUUGACGGGUGGGAGCAAUCUGACAGGCCUGACGCAGCCGCCCUCCCCUGUGGUCAGCCCCUCCAUUCACAGCCCCCACAGCCCCUAUGGAAGCAUCCCAGACACUCCCCCGCCAGCAUACAGCCCCAGCGAGGACAUCAAGCAGACCCAGCCAGCAGACACGCCCAUGGAAACAGUCCCUUCCACAGCUGGCGUUCUUAGCAGCAAUGUUACGCCUGUCACUUAUCAGGAGCCGAGCCACUGGUCCACCAUUGCCUACUAUGAGCUGAACAAUCGUGUGGGUGAAGUAUUCCAUGCACAGACACACUCGGUCAUUGUGGACGGCUUCACUGACCCCAGCAACAACUCGGAGCGCUUCUGUCUCGGCCUGCUCUCCAAUGUCAACAGGAACUCCACCAUUGAGAACACCAGGAGGCACAUUGGCAAGGGCGUUCACCUUUACUACGUGGGCGGCGAGGUGUAUGCGGAAUGCCUCUCGGACUCGGCAAUCUUCGUGCAGUCUCGCAAUUGUAACCACCACCACGGCUUUCACCCCUCUACUGUGUGCAAGAUCCCCCCAGGCUGCUCCCUCAAGAUCUUCAACAACCAGGAGUUUGCCCAGCUGCUGACCCAGAGUGUGAACCACGGCUAUGAGGCUGUCUUUGACCUCACCAAAAUGUGUACUAUAAGGAUGUCAUUUGUGAAGGGAUGGGGGGCUGAGUACCACCGCCAGGACGUCACUAGUACCCCAAGCUGGAUAGAAAUACACCUCCACGGACCGCUGCAGUGGCUCGACAAAGUUCUCACGCAGAUGGGAGCGCCUACCGACCGCAUCUCCUCUGUCUCAUGAAUCCAGCCCCCUGUCAGCCCCCUACCAGCCCUCUCCAAGCCCCCACAGACCACUCCAAUGCCCCUACACCCCAACAAAUCUCAAAUCUCUAUCUUUUAUCUAACUUUUUCUCCAUCAAGACACUCUGCCAAUUCUGCCAGCCCCUAUCAGCCCCCUUAUCAUCCCCUGCAGACCACUUUAACACCCACAAACCUUCUAUCUCUAUUGUUUAAUCUCUUACAUUAUUUUUUCCUUCAAUUCUACCAGCCCCCGGCCAGCCCCUAUCAAGCCCCUAUCACCUCUCCUAGGCCCCUCACACCCACAAACCUUAAAUUUCUAUCUUUUACUUACAUUAUUCUCUUUUGAGACACCCUUCUAACUCUACCAGCCCCCUGCCAGCCCCUAUCAGCCCCCUAUCACCUCUCCAAGCCCCAACACAUCCCCAUGAACCUCCUCUUGUUUAAUCCUGAGCUACAUCUUUCAGUUUCUCUCUCCCUCUCCCUCUCUCUCUCCCCCCAUUGUGCCAUUGUGGGUCUGAGUCAAGGCCAGCCCCAUGCAGUCCCUCAGUCAGUCCCCCAUGCCAGACCCUACCAAAGCCUUCAUUUUCUGAUUUUUAUACUUGGUGUAGCGUUUAGGGGUCUAGUGACGCUGGCUCAAUACAAGAGGAAGAGGAGGAGAAUGAAGAGGAAGAAGAGGAGGAGGAGAGAGAGGAAAAGAAAGUGGAGAGAAGCUUUUCCAAAUUCCCUUUCCUUAUUUUUGAUUGACUGCAGAUCUUCAUUCUGGACUGAGGAAGAGGAGGCAAGCUUUCCCACAGUCCCUCUCUUUAUUUUUGAGUGACUACUGUACAUCUUCACUCUUGACUGAGGAAAAAGAGGAAGAGGAAGAGGAGGCAAGCAAUUCCACAUUCCCUCUAUUUUUGAGUCAGUGCAGGUCUUCACUCUUGACUCACCCUCUGUGUUUGAGUCACCUUAAGUGUUUUGACCCUCGACUGUUUACUGAGAGGGAAAAGUCUGUUCAAGUUGCUCAUAAUCUCGUUCUGACUUGCUGAUAGAACCUUCUCUCUCUCUCUCUCUCUCUCUCUCUCUCUCUCUCUCUCUCUCUCUCUCUCUCUCUCUCUCUCUCUCUCUCAUUUUAUCAGUCGCUUGCCAUUUUAUGUGACAAUGUUGAGCUGAGUCAUUCCCCUUUACCUUGACUCCCUGGCUCACCCAACCCCCUAUGCCACCACCACCACCACCACCACCACCACCACCACCACUACUACCACUACUAGUAACACUCUCAUUCACUUACUAACACAAUAAAAAAAUUUCUUUUUAAUGUCGAUCUGCUUCUAUUUUUGUCUUUCUUUCAUAUCACCACCACCACCACCACCACCACUACUACAACUACAACUACCAUUACCACCACCACCACCACUACUACUACUCGUACUAUAACUACCAUUAAUGCCAUUGUUAAACACCCAUUAAACCUUUUCUUUCCUCCCUCAUCUGCCUACAUUUUUCUGUCUUUCACCACCACCACCACCACCACCACCACCACCAC